AUGGAUGACUUCGAUGCUUUGACCCAGGCUGAGGCUGAGGCUUCUGAUGGGAACAAGGGAGGCGUGACUGCUGCUCCCAAAGCUUCAGGCAAAGCAAAGGCCAAGGCAAAGGGCGGUGGCGGCAAGACAGCCUCCAAUUGCUUCGUUUGUGAGGAGAAGAAGUUGCGGAACAGCAAGUUUUGCAAGAGUCACCAUCGUGCAGCUGAGAAUAUGAAGUACCAAGCUCAGAAUGCCAAGCCUCCUGAGCUCACUAGCUACAACCAGGUGAUGAACGACCCAAGCAAGGCAAAAAUUGCAAUUGAAGACUUCAUGAGGGACAACCCUGAGGGAUCAGGCCGCAAGCGUCUCAUAGAUUGGGCAGCUUGGAAGCGUGACCAUGGUGUAGCAGAGUCUGAUGCUGCCUUCAAAGAACUUUUGCAGGGGCCUUAUGAUCGAGAAGGUGAGGGUCCACUCACGAAGCUUUGGGUGCCAAAGCACAAGGAGAGGAUGCGUGAUCGGACACACUUUGUGGAAAGCAGUGUGACAGAAGGAUCCAAACAGCUCAAGAACUCAGAUUCGAAGGAGAAAGAGAGCAUGAUGCAGAUAUGCCAAUCUGCUGUUGGUGGCCAUGACUCUUCCUUCUUGAGGAGCGCUUCCACCAAAGCUAUCACCAACGAGGCAGGUCCUGUCAAGCGUGGUCCUGAGCAGGUGGAGGAAUCCGAUGUGCCUCCAAAGAGGGUCAGGAAGGGCAAUGUUGCUGAUGAAGCUCCCAAGAAGUACGGGAAGCUCAAGAAGGACUUGCCUGGAAUCGAGAAGUUGGUCUCUGAUGCUUCUGACAAGCUCAAGAAAUCCAUUGCUUCUGUCCAGCCUGCCGCUGACCCAGAUGCCCCCAACGACCCUGAGUUAGAUGCUUACAUGCUGACUGGCAGCAGCAGGCAGGUUCUGGCGCAGCUUUGGCUUUGCAAGGGGCUGGAUGAAGCUCUCAACCUGAUUGGUCCCAAGACUCCUUCAAAGAAGCCAGAUGCAACAGACUACUCUUCAUCUGCAGCUCCAGCUGACCCGCCAAAAGACGCAGAUUCCAAGUCAGAGUGCAAGUCAGAAGCCAAGUCAGAAGUCAAGUCUGACUCCAAGUCAGAUGCCGGUUCUUGUGCUCCUCGGAGGUUGUCUUCUGGUGCCAUGAAGAGCCCUGGCGAGAAAGUGUCUGAGAUGCUUCGCCAUGCAGCUGAUGAUGGUGGGAAAGGCUCAAUGGCGGUCCAAAGCCUUCCACAGUUGCUCUCCCUCUUGGAAAUGACAGAGCUGUGUGAAAAGGUUUUGAACUCUCAGGGCAUGCUGGAGUUGGAUGAGAAGUUGGAGUGCUGGAAGCACUCUGUGGAGCAGGUCAAGCUUCUGGUUGCUGGAAUUUCCAAGAGCGCCCAGAAUAUCACCUCGCAUGUUGCCAACCUAUCCCGCAAACAGAAGCGGGAGGAGACCAAACGCAAGAAGCAGCAAGAGUCGACUGCUGUUGCAGAGGCCAAAAAGAUGGCCAAAGCAGCAGCCAAGAAGGUCAAGGACCAGGAGGACACUGUCGAUCCGAUCUUCGAAGUUGGCUUGGACAAGCUUCAACAUGAUAUGGUCAUGGGGCCCAUGAAGGACAAGGGCAAACACAUGUUGGUUGAAAGCAUUUUGCACUUUCUCCAGUAUGAAGUGGCUGGCAGUGAGUGGUCAGAGUUCCCCACGGUGGAUGAGCCGAUCCUUUUCAAGGACAACAGGAAGAUCUCCGAGUGGGCCAAUGAACCAAAAAUGCAGUUGGCCCUUGGUAGCUUUGGCGGCCGAUACAAGAAGACUGACAUGUUCUCUCGGAGUGGCAAGGCUCAAAUGGUUCUUUUCGCUAAGGAAGGAAAAGAAGAGUCCCAUGCUCUCAUCAGCAACUUCACUGCACCGAUCCCUGAUGACAACAAAGUGAAGGGCGAGAAUGAUUUCUCCAAGAUUACGGACACUUUGUGGUUGUUUGGCUAUGAUCCUGCUCUGACGAGCAUCUCAGCAACCCCAAAUGGCAUGGCAAUGAUGAAGGUUCUCGCGUUUGGAGAGGUGAAGUGGUUGGUAAUGGAGAUUUCUUCCACUGUUGCCGCUCUGAGGGCGGAACUUGGUGUGGAUGUGAUCAAAGCUGAUGAUUUGGAGGCAUUGAUUGGUUCCUUGACCUAUGGCAACCUCGAGAACUGCAAAAAACAUGGAAUGAAAGCAAAAUCAUGCCUGCAGCGCCCCAAUGAAGCGGUCUUUGUUCCAGCGGGUUGGAUUGCUGCAGAGCAGUCUGUGAAGGGCGUGCUGAUCUAUGGACUCCGUGCGAGUUUGCUGCUGAAGUCUGAGGCCUCAUGCCACAGCUAUGAGGCUUACAUCGGCCUCAAUAGCGCUUCUGGGAAACCAGUAGACAAGAUGCAGCAAGUGCUUGACUUGAUGCAGGCAUAG